AUGAGCAACCGGAAGGCAGAUCCGGAUUACGGGUUAGACCCACCCGCGGAUGCGGGAGAGAGAGAAGAUAACACGGCAGGUCGGGCCGAGGUGGGCGAAAUCAACAUUCGCUCCUCUUCGCUCCUCCCGCGCUCGAGUUGCGACCUCCCUCGGGAGGGAGGCAUUCGCGGCGGAUGCGGAUGGCCUCCGAUGGAGGCAUUCGCGGCAGGGACGCGUGCCGCUUCCGUCGGAGCCGGGGUGUAUCGGAUGGAGACGGACAGCCCCGCCGUUGACGGCUCGGAGCCGGUGUGUCUCUCGCCGCCCUCCCCCGGGAUGCCCGUCCCCGGUCCCUGCACAUCCGGCAGCGCCUCCGCCUCCGCCCCUCACCCCGCCCGGGCCGCCCCCGCCCCCCCGCCCCACGCCCCCGCCAGGAUCCUCUCCCGAAACACGAACGGAACCCUGGCCAUGACCUACCAGCCGAGCAACGAAUCCGAGCUGCAGCUCUACCGAGUGCUCCAAAAAGCGAAUCUCCUCUCCUACUUCGACACGUUCAUCAACCAAGGUCCGUCUCGCCCCGUUACUCCCCGUUACUCCCCGAUCGCGUUCACGAUGACGGUGACGUCGACAGGCGGUGACGACGUGCAGCAGUUGUGCGACACGUCGGAGGAGGAAUUCCUGGAGAUAAUGAUGCUGGUCGGGAUGGCCUCGAAGCCGUUGCACGUCCGGCGGCUGCAGAAGACCCUGCAGGAAUGGGUCCAGAAUCCAGGUCUGUUCCAAGCGCCUCUGGUGUCGACGUGCAUGCACCCGCUCCUUCGACCCGGGAUCCCGUUCGCCCCCCUGCCCGGUGGCCCGGUGCCUCGGGUGCUCCCGGUCGUCGGCGGCCCCCUCGGCGGCCCCCUCGGCGGCCCACUCGGCGGCCCACUCGGUGCCCCCCUCUCCCCCUUCGCACCCAACAGCCCCAGCACCAGCCCGAGCACGGCCGGGGCCGCCGGGUGCCGCUUCAAUUCCGACCCUGGCCCUUCCUCGCCUGCGUCCAACGCGGGAAGCGACGGAUACGGGAAUCCCGGCUCCCCGACCGGCACGACCGGCGGGACGAUCCACGCGACGCCGGCCCUCACGGAGAGCCAGAUCGCCCGGCUGGCGGAGGUGGCAGACCGGCUGGUGAACUCCCUGCCGCACCUCCACUCGCUCCACCCGGGCGCGGAGACGCGACCCACCGGGAACAAGAAGAAGACCUCCAAGGAGAUCGAGGUGCGCUGGCACGCCGCGGGGCUGGCCCCCGGGCGACCUCCUUCCCUGCCUCCUUCCCCGAGACACGUGGACCCUGCGAAUGUGAUGAGCAUGUCGGAAGACGACCCGCGCCGAAUGGAAGAAAUCCGUAAAUACUCCGCCAUUUACGGCCGGUUCGACUGCAAGCGGAAGCCCGAGAAGCCACUCACCCUGCACGAGGUGAGCGUGAACGAAGCGGCGGCGCAGAUCUGCCACCACAUUCCUGCCAUGCUGGCCCGUCGAGACGAGCUUUUCCCCCUGGCCCGGCAGGUCGUCAGGGACUCCGGAUAUCAGUACUCGAAGGGACAUUCCAGGUACUUCUUGCCUUUCCAUCGUCUA